UUUGAAGAAAAAUUUGCGAGCUAGUCUUAGAGGAGGAAUACUUAAGAGAAAUGGUAUCGAACGAAGAAGACAUCGUCGCCGAGGAAGACGCUGACCGGGUGAAAAUCCGCGAGGAAUUAUCGACAAUGAGUUUCGAGGAUUUGCAAAAAUUGAAGCAAAAGCUUGGCACGAAAGUUUACAACGAGGCAAUGUUCGGAGCGAGUCGCAGGAAGAAGACUGACUUCAAAAGAGAAAACAAGAACAGGCCUCGCGAGAUGACGUCGAAGCUCCAGGUUCCGAGGUUCAAGGAAAUUGUACCCGUGAAGAAAAAAAUUGUCAGAGAUCCGCGUUACGACAGCCUGUGCGGAACGUUCAAUGAAAAGGCUUUUAAAAAUUCGUAUAAAUUUCUAAACAAUAUCGUGGAGAAUGACGUCAAAGCGUUGAAAAAGGAACUCGAAGAAACCGAAGAUCCCAAGAUGAUCAAAAAGAUAAAAUACCUAAUUCAAAGGCUGGAGAACCGUCAGAGAGAAGAAAAGAGGCGAGAAAUUAAGGAGCUCAGAGAAGCUGAAGAGAAACAGGAGAAAAUCGAGACUCUUAAACGCGGCGAGAAGCCAGUAUUCAAAAAGAAAUCGGAGAAACGAGUGCUGGAAUUGGUUAGUCAGUACGAGGAAUUGAAAAAGUCUGGAAAAUUGAAGAAACACAUCGAACGUUUGCGCAAAAAGAACGCCAGUAAAGACAGAAAGAAACUUGCGAUACGGGAUACGGAUCUAUGAAUUAUUAUUAUUAUUAUUAUUAUUAUUAUUCGUAUAUUACCGUU